AUGGUAAAUAACAAUGAUUAGCCAAUCUAGUAUGAGAUAGUGAAAGUCAAUCAUCCAAACAUCUCGAUAGAGGAACUUUCCAAAAUAAAUAAUAGAGAAAAGAAUGAGUUUUGGUCAACAGAGAACUUCCCUGAAAAUGCUUAAGUGGAUGAAAUUGUCUUUUAGCUUAAUUUUAAAGAACCUCAUUAGAUAGAAAGAAUUGAAAUCUAUGUAGAGCAUAUACCAUUCUUGAGAUUAUAAGCUUCUCUCCUUGAUGAAAAUGGGCUAGAUAUAUUGCCAAGUGAAACACAUUUUAGAGAGUUGAGAUCGCUGGAUUAGGUAUUGGAAACAAAGAAGGUUUCCUAAGUUGCUAAUAUUGAAUUUGAUUAAACUUCUGAAAGCCUUUUCAACUCUUGCAUUGUGACAAUCAGAAACCCAUUCUAUGAGUAGAUUUAAGUACCAUUUAGGAUAAAUCAUUUCACAAUCUAUGGUAAACAAGAAUAUCAGAACUAAUAUAAUUAAAGUCCAAAUAGAUAGAUAAAAGAGAAUGAUAUGGAAAUGAUAGAUACAUCAACCAAAAAAUCUAAGAUAAAAGGUAAUAGAAAUAGAGAUAAUUUAAAGUAGGUAGAACUUGGUUUCGUGAGGGAAAACGAUGAUUAGGAAUUUGAUAUGGAAAUAUAUUAAAGUAUGAGAGAUUUUGAAGAAAAUUAAUUCAGCCAACAUUGCCAAUAAAAUGAUAUCGACUAUGAUUUAAGAUAAUUCGAAGGUGAAGAAUUGGAUCUUAAGAAUUUCUAGUAUUAAGAUGAUUUAGAAAGAAUAAGAGGAAACAAACUAAAUGAUAGCUUGAGUAAUAAUCUAAAUGAUUCCCAAAAUUACUAAGACUCACUUGAAUAUUAAUAGGACAUAAUUAGACCAGUUUAAAACAGCCCAAUCGAUUAGCGAAAUACUAAUUUACCAAAUACUCCUGUCCAUCAAAAUGCAGAAAUUGUAGGAUUCUUUUCUGAUAACAUAGGAUAAAAUCCUGGAGUUAAUGGAGCCGAUAUUUAAAUGAAUGGAAAUGACAAUUCAGGCUAAAAGACCAUCAUUAGAACUAGAGGAUAAUUACAAUAAGUAACAAUGGAUAAAUUCAUUACUUCUAGUAGUAGAAACGGAAAUGGUAGGAAUCACAAUAGUGGUAAUAAGAACGAUUCUAAAUAAGAACAUAAUGGGUUCAUUAGAAAUCAAGAAUAUAAAAUCCCUGACCACAUUUUAUUAGAAAAUACUUUCAGAAACAGACUGCAAGAACAUUAAAUGAUUAUAAAGAAGAAAUUGCAAAUGAAUCAACCGAUAUACUAAGAUGAGAUAGAUUAGAUAAACAAUAUCAUUGAAUAAAUAAGGAAUGUAAGGGAUGCCAGAAAUGAAGAGAUCAAUAAGAUAUAGUGUGAUAGAAAUGAUAGUAAAGAAAUCAUUGAUUUAAGUUGA